AUGCUCACGUCAGCCCUGCGGGAGACACUCUCCGACGCUGGACUCGGCAUCAUGGACCAGGCGUGCAGGGCGUCCACACCCACGCCCCGCCCCGGGAGCUACCUUUCCUGCCGGCGCCUCCCUGCCUGUGAGCCCGCGCCGCAGGGCUCGGUCCGGGCGGCACCGGCCCCCCUGGGGAGCGACGGAGCCGCAGAGGCCCCUCCUGCUCUGCGGCCUGGAUCCUACCAGGACCAGGACCCGUCUGUGGCCUGGGGGCUUGGGGACGCGAGGCACAGAGGAGGGCGAGGGCCCGGGACAGCUGGAGAGAUGGCCCCCUGGUUCCUGCAUCUCAGCUCAGCGGUUGAAGUAAGCCCCAGCUCCAUGAAGGCUUGGAGCUCUGCAAGCCUCCGGGAAGUCGUGGCCUCCGACGAGCUCGUCGUCCCCCGGAACUUUGUCGUGCAGUCCUUGGAAAUACCAAGCGUCUCGGAGCACACCGGGGGUUGUCGUGCCCCCUCCGGGCAUCAGCCCGACACACAGCCUGGGCGCCAUCAGCACAAGUUCCGAUUCAAAUUCAGUCAUCGAUUUGGAAAAGCAGCCCCAGGAGGGCUCCCCUCGUCCGUGAUCCUGUUGACCGCGAAGGGUUUGUGCGCCUGUGAAAAGUGGUUCUCACCGGCCGCCCGCACCUGUGAGUCGGUGAGUGCGUUCGGGCCUCAUGGCACUUUCACUCACACCCUCAACAGCCCUUUGAAGCGGGCGUUUCCUCCUCGAGAAUUCGGGGAGGUGGGCCGCCUGCCCGCCUUCCCACGUAGACGUUUAAGGGUGCCUCGGCCCCCACACGCGGAGAUGCGCAGAAAAGACUGCAUCACCUCCCAGCACGCAGCGUCGCGGCCCUCCCCGCGGCCGGCGGUGACACCGGGGUGA